CAAAGUCUUUUGAACGGGUAAAGCACACUCGCGUAAAUAACAAGAGCACGUUGUUGUUUUAUUGUUGCCGCUGCAUAGAUAAUAAUUGGAUUUCAGUGUAUCAAUUGAUUCGAGUGGUUUAUUGUUUCUUGGAAAAAGGUGAAAAAUGAGAGAAAAUACGCCGCCAUCGUCGCCUUUUUUCGAACGAGAUGAUAUGAAUGAAGAUCAGGAUAUGGAUGAUGAUGGAGAAGACGAUGAAUUGAUAUACGUUGGUGAUGCGGAUGAAGUGUUAAAUGCACUGGAAGCUGAAAGUGACGAUGAUGAUGAGGCAGCUGGUGUGAAUGAGAAUAUUGACGAAGAAUAUGUGCCAACUAGAGAUGAUUCUGUGCUAACAUUCUCAACACAUGAAGGUCCUGUAUUUUGUGGUUCAUUCCAUCCGACACAAAAUCUGGCUGUGACUGGUGGCGAGGAUGACAAAGCAUACGUUUGGUCAACCGAAACAGGAAAUGUGGUGUUCGCCGUUGAAGGCCAUAAAGAUUCGAUUAUUGCGGCCGAAUUCAGUGCCGAUGGCAAUUACUUGGCAACUGGUGAUAUGGCCGGAUAUAUUCAAGUGUUCAAACUGUCUCAGGAUUACAAAAAAGUAUGGGAAUUCGAAAUGGGUGACAUGAGCUGGUUGCAAUGGCACAUUGCGGCGAGUGUACUGUUUGCCGGUUCAGACACCGGCGAGACAUACGUUUGGCGGAUACCAUCCGGUGAUUGUAAAGUGCUUCAGGGAAAUGGAAGCAAAACAGAAGUCGGACAACUCACUGCUGAUGGUAAAAGCCUGAUCGUCGGAUAUUCGGACGGUUGCGUUAAACUGUGGGAUAUCAAGUCGAGCACAGUCAUUCAGAACUAUGAAGAGAAUACAACACUUGGACACAGUGGAUCAAUUACAAGCAUUGCCGCUGAUCCGGACAAUGGCCGAUUCUUGACGGGUAGUGAAGAUGGCAAAAUUAUGAUUGCAAACAGCAACGGACCAUUGACCAAUCUAUUUCCAAGCGCCGGUUCAGUGGAGGCUCUCGCUUUUUCAUCUGAGAAAAAUGACGAUUUAAAACUUUUGGCCUGUGGCACACUUGAAGGAAAGGUGUCAUUGUGGGACGUGAAUCGACAAGCAAUCCGUUUUCAAUGCCAAAAUGACGAUCCAACCGGAAUAACGAAAAUUGUUUGGGGACCAAAUUAUGCCGUUCUUUGUGCCACACUCGAUGGAUCCAUACGCAUUUUUGACGGACGAAAUGGAGCUAGCAAGAAUCACCUGGAAGGUCAUGCAGCCGAAUUGUAUGACAUCAAAUACAAAACGUCAACAAAUCAAGUGCUAACGACGUCGGAAGAUAGAACGGCUAAAAUUUUCAAACUAGACUCGUAAAAGCCUCCAAUUAAUUUCGUUUAUUUUUUUUUCUUUUUCAAAAACGAAUUUAAUCUAUGUACAUAAUUAAAAUUUACAAUAAUUCCGAA